UUUCAGUUGCUCACGAGAAGAUCGCCGGUGAGGUAUCCGAAGCAACACUCACUCUCUCGUUAACCACGUUUACGAUAUAUCUCACAGCCAUGCAAACGCCAGAAAACAACGACAAUCAACUUAUUUUGGUGCAACAGAAUUUACGAACGCUGCCUCAGGAAUUAGUUAGGAGCCAUGCUGAUCAUGUUGAGCACUUGGAUCUAAGCCACAACUGCCUGAAGGAUCUUUCCUGGCUGGGGGAGUUCGAGCAUUUGCGUCAUUUGGUCCUGGACAGUAAUCGAAUGCAUGAGGCUCAUCUGAGGACAUUGACGCGACCCCUGCCACAACUGGAAAUACUGAUGCUGAACAAAAAUGAGUUCAGUGACUUGCCAACGACAAUUCGGCUGAUCAGGAGGUUCUUUCCCAAUUUGGAAUACUUGAGCCUACAUGGCAAUCCCAUCUGCCCUGAUGGCCUGGAACUGCAGCCGUUCUCUAGUUACUUGCGAUACGACUACGAGUACUACAGUAAUUACAUUGCACAGUCACUGAGCAAACUGAAAUUCCUGGAUCAUGGGCUGGUUCAACGCACCUACCAGUACGAAAGUUUUCCACUCAAAAGUUAUGCUGGAAAGCAACUGAUCCAAACAACAAGUUUCUGAAGUAUCAGAUAAUAUUAUGAACAUUAUGUAUAUAAGAUAUCAAAUGAAUUAUUUCUAUUAAAAACAAGUCUAUUUACCAAGAA